CAAAAGUUGCAAAACAUUUCUCGUAGGAACAGAAUAACUGGUCUAGCGAUCGGCGCUGGAGUGUUUAGUAUUUACAUGUACUCUAUCUUGGCUGUAAAGCAGGAGACAUUCUUGGACGACUUCGACGAGCCAGCAAAAAUACAGCAAUAAUGGCUGCGGCACACAAAAUUUCACAAAUAAGAUUGCCUCCUCUGCCGAGCAUUAAGGAUGUUAUAAAACUGUACAAACUGCGCGCUUUGCGGGAACUCUCUCAAAAUUUUCUUAUGGAACCCCGAUUGCUGGAUAAAAUAGUUCGAGCGGCGGGACACAUCGAGAACCAUGUGGUCUGUGAGGUGGGUCCGGGCCCCGGGGGCAUUACCCGGUCUAUCAUCAAACAAGCCCCCCGCAAACUCGUGCUAGUGGAGAAAGACCCACGUUUUAUACCCUCCUUAGAGCUGCUGGCGGACGCUUGCAAAGACAGAGUUGAUGUCGACAUCAUAACAGGAGAUAUACUCAAAACAGACUUGGCUCAUUUUAUUCCAUCAGAUACUAAGACUGAUUGGUCUGAUCCACCACCACCAAUCAACCUCAUAGGAAAUCUGCCGUUCAGCGUAUCAACUAUACUAAUAAUAAGGUGGCUGGAGAAAAUUUCCAGACAAGAGGGUCCAUGGGCACUCGGACGGGCUCGGAUGACUUUAACAUUUCAAAAGGAGGUUGCAGAAAGAAUGUGUGCUCCGAUGUUGGACAAGCAGAGAUGCAGACUGUCCGUCAUGUGUCAAAACUGGUGUCGGGUUAAUUAUAAGUUUGAUAUACCAGGAGCAGCCUUCCUUCCCAAGCCAGAAGUAGAUGUUGGAGUUGUUACAUUAACUCCAUUGAAGAAACCAGUCAUAGACUUACCAUUUAAGCUCGUAGAGAAAGUUAUUCGGCAAAUAUUUUCGAUGAGGCAAAAGUAUUCUAUUCGAGGAGCACAAACAUUAUUCCCACAAGAAGUAAGACAGGAAAUGGCUUUAAAAAUGUACAAAUUGGCGGAAAUAGAUCCUGUUACUAGACCUUUCCAAAUUGCUAAUUCAGAGUUUAGGCGGUUGUGUGAGGCUUACAAUGAAAUAAUUAAACAGUAUCCCGAGUUUGAAAACUAUGAUUAUAGAGCACCAAAAAACAAAGGAGUUGAAAUUGAAAACACUAUUUAAAAAUAUUAUUUUACUGUAUAUAUUAGUUAAAUUAGUAUCAAUAAAACACAAUUACACAC